CUUGUCUCCUCAGCCUCUUCGUCUUUCUCUCCAUCCCUCUACCUUCCUCCCGGCCUGCUUUUCUGUUGUCCCGUUUAUGAUUUGGAUUUGAUUCUAUUGUCCCCACACUCCUUGUCAUCAGUCUUUAGGUACACUUGAUAGUCUCCCUUCGCUCUCGAAACCUCCCUUUGCCUCGCCACUUCCCGUGCCAACAACGGCUCUACUUCACAGUUUCAGCCUUACCUUGAUUUUAUUCUUGGUCUUAUCGCCCCAUUUCACCGUUAUCGUCAUAGUCACUCCUGCUUCGGGGUGAUCAGUAUAUUUGAGAAUAUGGCGGAAGGCAAGAAGACCGAUGAUUAUACAAUCGAGAUGGAUAAAAUAGAUCAGGGGAACAAGAAUUUCGAAGCUGUUGCGCCGCCUCAGCCCAGAAGUGUCCCUUCCAGUUCGCUCUCCAACAACCCUUUCCUGCCUGUAUUGGCGUAUUGUGGAUCAUCAAUCUUGAUGACUGUCAUGAACAAAUAUGUUCUUUCUGGGUUGGACUUCAAUCUCAACUUCUUUCUGCUCUGCGUUCAGUCCAUUGUUUGUAUUAUUGCGAUCCAAACAUGCAAAUUUUGCGGUCUUAUCACGUACCGUGACUUCAGUGCAGAUGAAGCAAAGAAGUGGUUCCCUAUCAGUUUACUUCUUAUUGGAAUGAUUUACACGGGCUCCAAAGCGCUUCAGUUCCUCUCUAUCCCAGUAUACACUAUCUUCAAGAACCUAACGAUCAUCCUCAUUGCCUACGGUGAGGUCCUCUGGUUUGGUGGUUCCGUUACCGGCCUGACCUUGUUCUCUUUCGGGCUCAUGGUACUCAGUUCCAUCAUUGCUGCAUGGGCCGACAUCAAGCAUGCUGUUGAGAGCAGUGGAGAUACGAGCGCCCAAGUCUCAACACUUAAUUCCGGAUACAUAUGGAUGUUGAUAAACUGUCUCUGCACAUCAUCCUAUGUCCUAGGAAUGCGCAAGAGAAUCAAGUUGACCAAUUUCAAGGACUUCGAUACCAUGUUCUAUAAUAAUCUGUUGUCGAUCCCUGUCCUUGUUGUUCUCACAGGUUUGAUGGAAGACUGGUCUUCCGUUAACAUCAACCGCAACUUCCCUCCAGCCGACCGUAGCAGCAUCAUGUUUGCGAUGAUCCUGUCUGGUUUGUCCUCGGUAUUUAUCUCUUACACCUCAGCCUGGUGUGUUCGCGUGACAUCCUCAACCACUUAUUCCAUGGUUGGGGCACUCAACAAAUUGCCCAUCGCCCUGUCAGGGUUGAUUUUCUUUGAUGCUCCGGUGACAUUUCCCAGUGUUUCCGCUAUUGCUGUAGGCUUCGUCAGUGGAAUCGUAUAUGCGAUCGCCAAGAUUAAGCAAAACGCCAAACCAAAGACUGGUGUCUUGCCCACUUCCAAUCCACUUGUCAGCGCUAGCAGUCAAAGUAUGAGGGAUUCUCUGCGGUCUUGAAGUGGCAACUGCUAUAUUACGCGUAGGAGUGUUACCUCCUUUCGAACGUUUUUCAUAUCGGAUCAUGUUCGUGGGUCCUUGGCGCCACGAGUCGGUACAUUACUUGUACGUUACAUGGAUACAUGCAUUUCAUUACAGUCUAGGUGUAUUCCGGUUGUUGGUGUUCUUUGAGGGCUGACUUGGUGUGCUUAUAUUCUUCUCGACAACCUACUUAACAUGCCUGGUUUCUAACACGUCUGACCUCAUUGCUGCCCAUUCACCUAUUUAUGGCGUUGAUGUCCGUGCUGAUAAUCUCACAUAUCAUUUCUUGAUGUGCUAGCAGCGCACUUUGUUGCACGUAACAUGUUAUAAUGCUGGGGCGUGGUUUGUUCUAGAUAUCAUGUGGGAAGAAGCUUGGAGUGUAUUCGUUGCGAUCUGGGGUGCAAUAAGAUGUCUAGGAGUCUUGAUCAUUGUGCGAGAGAAAAGACCCUUUUCUUCCUCCUUUUGGGGUUGGAAUCUGUAUAUAUGGACCUUUAUCUUCUUUUAUUGAGGUUAUAGAAAAUAUCCUUUGCUAAAAGUUCUCUCCAAGGGCAAGCUCGUGCUAUUGACUAGCUACAGUGCAGUAGCGGGAUACUCUUUGGGGACGAUGCAAGCAGAAUAUCUUGGAUGAUAACAUCACCUCAUGAGUUUCUAAG